GAACUUGCAUUCCCACAUACACGAAUCCGUGUAGGUACAUUCCGAUAUUGGAGCCCCACCUCUGGGUUUUAGUAUAAAUUCGAAGCAGAUUUUCAAUACAGUAUCAUUUGAUCCAGACAAUCAAAUACUCCCAACUCAAAAUGUUCAGAUUCUUUGCUGUUGUUUUCGCCGCCAUCUUGGCUCUGGCUGUAGCAGCUCCUAACCCUAGCCUCGUCGCUUCAUCAGUCGUGGCUUCUCCUCUUGCUUACUCUGCCCCCCUUGCCUACUCAGCUCCCUUGUCUUACGCUUCUGGAUAUGCUGCAAGUCCUUUGGCCUACAGAGCUCCUCUGGCUUACUCCACCUACGGAUCAUAUGGAUACCCAGCCGGAUAUGCUGCACCAAUUGUUCACUAUUGAAAACCGCAAGUUAUUUGAAAAUGUUUUAAGAAAAUACUGUUUAGGAAAAGAAAUUAAAAAGAAUUAAUUUGUGAAAAA